GCUCUCUCGCAGCUGUUUAUAAAUGUCACCCCAUAUGCCAUGUCUGGUCCGGGGUCUGCCCCCCUCACCCUCAGACAAAAGUGUUGGCUCAAUGCAGUAGGCUGCGGACUUUCAUCAAGGUUAUGAGGUGUCUCCUUGCUUUUAUCAAUAUAUAAAUUAACAAGGACAAAACACCCCCCUCCCACAACCAUACCAAAAUUGUGGCUACAUGUAACUUCAACUCGUCAAUGAACACGCGUUGUGCCUGAAUCCAUAACGGGUGCAGCGUAAGGUGUACCCGACACUUACGGGGAGCUCAGCGAUGAAUUUUCGAAGCUUGACUAACUACGCAUAUUGUACUUUAUCGCAGCCUGCAUGCACUGUUCGAUUGAACUGAGACGUGAGUUACCACUGUUGCAAUGGCGAAUAUAAACUGGGAGGCGGAAAUCCAAAAGCAGGAAAACAAGGUGAAGAACCUUGGGAUUGGAGAUGAAGCGCCCCCUACAGUCUCUCAGGCCGCAGCUCCUCCAAGCUCUGCUCCGUCAGCCUCAGCUCCCCCUCCCAAUCCGGCUGCUGUAGCACCAGAAGAGAAGGAAGAUGAUGCUAAGGAAGCUGCUGAAGCAUCCCUUCUCAACAAAGCCCUUCAUUCCCGUCUGAUCCAACACGCGGCGACCUCUCAGCUUGAAGUCCAACAGAAGGACCCAAAUUCUCCGCUUCAUUCCGUCAAAUCAUUCGAAGAACUCCGCUUGAAACAGGCACUUCUGAAAGGAGUAUAUGAAAUGGGGUUCAAUGCUCCUUCCAAGAUUCAGGAAACGGCACUCCCUCUUCUUAUGGCUGAUCCGCCGAAGAACAUGAUAGCACAAUCUCAGAGUGGUACCGGAAAAACAGCAGCCUUUGUAUUAACUAUGCUCAGUAGAGUCGAUAACAACCAAUACCCACAGGCUCUUUGUUUAGCACCCACCUAUGAACUAGCCAGACAAAUAGGAAAGGUCGUAGAAGAGAUGGGGAAACAUCUUCCUGAGGUUGGUGUUAGGUAUGCAGUCAGAGGACAAAAAGUUGCACGGGGAGAGAAGGUCACACAACAGAUCAUCAUAGGAACACCCGGUACAACCCUUGACUGGUGCUUGAAGUUCCGAAGCAUAGACCUAUCAAGGAUGAAGGUCUUCUGUCUCGAUGAAGCCGAUGUGAUGAUUGCGACGCAAGGGCACCAAGACCAAAGUAUCCGCAUCCAGAAGAAACUUCCAAGCUCGUGCCAAAUGAUGCUGUUCUCCGCCACCUACGACAACACCGUCAUGAAGUUUGCAACGACGGUGGUGCCGGAUCCCGUGGUCAUACGGCUGCGUCGGGAGGAAGAGAGUCUCUCCAACAUCAAACAGUACUACGUCCUGUGUUCAAACAAGGAAGAGAAAGCCGAAUCCUUGUCAAACAUCUAUGGCACAAUCACGAUCGGUCAGGCGAUGAUCUUCUGCCAGACGAAACGAAAUGCCAACUGGCUCGCAGAGAGGAUGACACAAGAAGGACAUGCGGUGGCGCUGUUGAGUGGUGAGCUGACGGUGGAACAGCGAGUAGCGGUUCUUGAGCGGUAUAGAGCCGGGAAAGAGAAGAUCUUAAUCACGACUAACGUCAUGGCCAGAGGUAUCGAUAUCGAGCAGGUCACCGUUGUGGUGAACUUUGACCUCCCAGUUGACGUAAAUGGACAAGCCGACUGUGAGACCUAUUUGCAUCGAAUCGGACGAACUGGACGCUUUGGCAAGUCGGGUCUAGCGAUCAACUUCGUAGAUGGACGUAGGAGUAUGGAGAUCAUGAACUAUAUCCAGGAACACUUUGGCCGAAAGAUUGAGAGGUUAUACACAGAUGAUGCAGAAGAGAUUGAGAAGAUAGUUUGAUCACUGCAUUCAACUGUCACCUGAUCACCACAUACAACGGUCACCUGAUCACUGCAACCAGGUUACCUGACAAAUGUUUAUUAGUUUCCAAAUAAUGCACAUUACUUACGGUGUUGGUAAGAGUGUUUAAACGUGAUAAUGACUUUGGACCUAUCUGACUCCUUAGCCAAAAUAAACAUGUUUUCAAUGAUUUGGACAUUUUUUUUCAGACAAAAUUAUGAAUACGACCCCUAGGCUGGCCAUGUAUUUCAGGCCAUCAUAGAGACUUCUUUUGUAGAAGUUGGUUGCUUUUACGCGAUUUUCAAGAUUUGGAUCCAUUCAAACUGGCAGCUCUAUACCCGGCUGAGUAUUGUGCAUUAAUUGAGGUAUACAUUGAUGACGUGAAUUGUUGUCAUGUGAUGUUAGUUACAUUGAAUGUCCUGCAUUGCGCAACCCAAAUACAAAGAACACACAAACAAUAUGUUUAUAAUUAACCCAUUGAGUACUGAAGCCUGUAAUGCGUACAGGUAAAUACACUUGGCGAGGGACAGUGGGUUAAUGCACUAUUUCGAAAGGAUCCCCACUCUGAAUGUCAUGUUUUAGCACACUUAUAAUACCCUGUUGCAUGAAAGUUACCAGUAUGGUAACUCUGCCAUUCAAUGGUACAUGUAACUGCCAUGGUAACAAUGCUCAACAGCCAAUCAGAAUGAAGGAUUCCAUGCAAGUUACCAUUGGAAGGCACAUUUACUUUAAUAUUAACUUUUAUGCAAUGGGGCCCUGAUGGUUAUUCUUCAUAAUGUCUUUGAAAUAAAGAGUUUCAUUUCCCUGUCAAGGUUUUGUAAAAGGAGUGAAAUACAUGUACCACCUAAAUAGAUGAAUGGAUAAAUAGGUAAAAUUUGGAAAGGUUCAUAAAAAUAGUGCUACCCUUCCAUUUGUCUUGCUUAGUUUUGAAGGGUAAGGGCAAGGCUUAAAAAAAAAAAUCAUCUUAGAACCAUUGUCGUUAAUAAGGGAAAUUUCAGGAGCAGCAAGGCAGUUAAAGUGGGCAGUCAUGAUAAUCACCUUCACCAUCGAGGGCUAAUGCAAGCCCUAUAAUCUGAAUCAAUGUUUAUAGUUGUUGAAUUUGUAAUCCAUUGAAGUUAUGUAAGCUUUGAUUUUGUAUUUCAACUAGCCAUAUUAACCCUUUGAGCCCUGAAUUAAUUGGGACGGUCAUGACCCUCACCAUGAACUAUUUGCAGAUAUCAAGAUUAUUGUCAAUAUGAAGAAAUACAUGGCAUUUGACAAAAAUGAUGUCCUAUUCUCAUGAUUCAAGCCCAGCCAUGCCAGUGGCACCUUACUCCGCUGGUACCCGUUCUGACCUGGGUGAUGUUGCUUAGCUUCCCGUACUUACGAUAAUCUCAAAUUUUGUCUCAAAAUCACUGCUUUGAUGGAAGUAAAAUUCAAUAAUCAGUGUACGACUCGCCGUGUAUUAUCGCACGAGACUCCUCGGUAGGGUAGUAUAUUUUUGUCAUUUUUGUCUCACCUGCAUAGCAGAGUGAGACUAUAGGCGCCGCUUUUCCGACGGCGGCGGCGGCGGCGGUGCAACACCAAAUCUUAACCUGAGGUUAAGUUUUUGAAAUGACAGCAUAACUUAGAAAGUAUAUGGACCUAGUUCAUGAAACUUGGCCAUAAGAUUAAUCAAGUAUUACUGAACAUCCUGCCUGAGUUUCAUGUCACAUGACCAUGGUCAAUGGUCAUUUAGGGUCAAUGAACUUAGACCAUGUUGGGGGAAUCAACAUCAAAAUCUUAACCUAAGGUUAAGUUUUUGAAAUGUCAUCAUAACUUAGAAAAUAUAUGGACCUAGUUCAUGAAACUUAUACAUAAGGUUAAUCAAGUAUCACUGAACAUCCUGCAUGAGUUUCACGUCACAUGACCAAGGUCAAUGGUCAUUUAGGGUCAAUGAACUUUGGCCGAAUUGGGGGUAUCUGUAGAUUUACCAUCAUAACUUUAAAAGUUUAUGGAUCUGAUUCAUGAAACUUGGACAUAAUAGUAAUCAAGUAUUACUGAACAUCCUGUGCAAGUUUCAGGUCACAUGAUCAAGGUCAAAGGUCAUUUAGGGUCAAUGAACUUUGGUCAAAUUGGGGUAUUUGUUGAAUUACCACCAUAACUUUGAAAGUGUGUUGGUCUAGUUCAUAAAACUUGGACAUAAGAGUAAUGAAGUAUCACUGAACAUCCUUUGCGCAUUUUAGGUCACAUGACCAAGGUCAAAGGUCAAUGAACUUUGGCCAUAAUGGGGGUAUCUGUUGAAUUACCAUCAUAACUUGGAAAGUUGAUGGAUCUUUCUCUUGAAACUUGGACAUAAGAGUAAUCAAGUAUCACUGAACAUCCUGUGCGAGUUUCAGGUCACAUGAUCAAGGUCAAAGGUCAUGUAAGGUCAAUGAACUUUGGCCACGUUGGGGGUAUUUGUUGAAUUACCAUCAUAUCUCUAUAAGUGUAUGGGUCUAGUUCAUAAAACGUGGAAAUAAGAGUAACCAAGUAUCACUGAACAUCUUGUGCGAGUUAUAGUAGUUUUCAAAAUCAGCACUGCUGCUAUAUUGAAUCGCGUGAUGCAGGUGAGACGGCCAGAGGCAUUCCACUUGUUUAUGCUAAAACCUUAUAAAUGAAAGCCAAUCGUCGACAAAAUUAUAUACUGAAGUUAUCGACUGAAUGUCUCUCAAAUGACGUCAUUUUCAAAGGUCACCUGAUAUCUAACACCCUUGCUUUUCGAGUCGCAUGACUGGGAGCCGAGAUUCCGGCUUUUCGGGAAUAUUCGCGUUCAUGGUGAAGCCGGUAUUCCGACUUUCUGGGUUCAAAGGGUUAAUGCUGUUCAAUCAUACAAGCAGGUCGUGAUUUUACAGCUUGACGGUAAUCACUUUUUGUUGAACCAAUGAAACUGAAAUUUUGAAGAGAAUGAGAGAGCCGUGUAUGAGUGUUAGUAAUCAAAGACAAGUAUAGAGAGUGAGCAUGUUUGGUUUUUAAAGAUUGUGAAUACCAAAUUGAUGAACAAAAAUUUAUCAGAAAAAAGGGGAAUAUUUUGUAGAAAAAUGGUUGAACCAAGAAAAGCUGGUCUUUGUUACUUUUGAAUUUGUUUAAAAAUGAUUUGGUGGAAAUGUUUUUCUCUAUUACCUUGCAUCAUUAAAGAUACUAUUCAAUUUUAAUCCCUAUGCUGAAGAUACAUUCAUAAAUUUGUUAUAAUUUAGAAAUGAUCAGUCAGAAAUGGUUGAUAAAAAGCUCUAAAAGUUCUAUUUAUUAUUUUUUUAAAGAGAUGUUUCUUUUGGUGUACUAGUACUUUGGUAAAAAAUUGGUUUUGCAACUUUACUGAAAAGUGUGUGAUUUAUGAAUAUUUUAAAAUAAAUAAAAAGGCAAGGAAUAACUAUUUAUCAAAAGGACUUUGAACUACAUACAUGUACAUCUAUAACUGAAACACAGCAGCCCAUGUAGGUUCUCCUCUGGUUUUUCCAUAAUAUUCAGUUCAUUAAAAGUAAAGUGAACAAACAUUGUGUUGUGGAUUUAAUUCUGGGCUCAUUUUACAACAUCUGUUAUGAUAAAAUAAUGAAAGCAAAAGUUCUAUAACCAUAAGCCAAUCAGUAAUGCUAUUUCAGGUGACGAGAAUUAACUAUGUAGAAUUCUCUAGACCUUGUGCAUUGAUGUCAUCGCGCCGUCAUCUUAGAAGCCACUGCCUUGCUUUCAUUGGUGGUCUGCAACUGGCGCAUCUCUGACAACUCUGUUCAUAUGUAUUCCUAUAUCCUCUGAGGGAGGGCGCUAUGAGAUUAUGAUGUCAUAUGCAUGAGGUCCAUUAUGGCACCUCUGAUCAACAAUACAGGUGAACUUGCAUAAGUCGAAUAUUUGCCGAAGUCAAAGCAAUCUUUAAGACCAGGUCCCUGCCUUACAAAGAGUUACGAUUGAUCCGAUCAAUCUCAAGUAUAUGGAAAUCCAUCAAUGUCAUAAUUUUUCUUCAGGAAAUGUGCUCAAUGUCCUUUGAAAACAAAGAGAAGCAUACUGAAUUGUCAGGAAAACACUGAAUGUAUGAAUGUAUGUCAUUUUUAGAAAAUAUUUUGAACAUGUAUUUUGGAUGUUGAUGUUGCUGGCUUUCUAUAGUUACGAUUAUAUGUCAUGUCUAGAACAUAUUUUGAACAAAUAUGUAUUUAAGAUGUUGACGUAGCUGGCUUUCCAUAGUUGCGAUUGAUCGGAUCAAUCACAAUUCUUUGUAAGACUGGGCGCCAGGGGAGUUUUUCACAGCAUUGGACAAAUUAUGCUAAUUAUUAUAGGAUACGUUACUGUGUGUUAAUCAAUGAGAAAUUGGCUCAAAUUCACGAAGGUGGUUUUGAAAACCAUCUGUUGAACCCAUGGUUUAUGCAGAUUUUCUGUAUACACUACGCUUAAUUUACCACGCAUACUGAAGAUUGUCCAAUACUGAUGCGCACGUUUGUCACAGUGCACCAAUUUGACACCUGUUGCCAUGGUUAUCCACGCUGUUUUAUUCAUGACUCCAUUGUUUUGAAUUAAUCACUCCACUGAGUUUUAUGUUGUAGGCACAGAAUUACUUCACAUGUUAUUUGAAUGAAAGAAGAGUCUUUCCAAAAAGUUCCAAGACAAAAGUUUAGAAAAAGUUCCAAGACAAAAAUCAGAAAAACACAGAAAAUUCAAAUUGAAGUGCAAACUUGCAUAUUUAACCGUAAUAACAUGAUUUCCAUUCCGUUCCAGGCCCAUUUUGGAAAUGCCAUCAAAAUUCAAAAAGUAAAUUCUGACACUCUGUGUCUGAAUUGGUAUUUCUAAACAUUAACAUUGGAUAUGUCGCCAGGUUAAGUCUUAUCAGAGACUAUAAAUGCAAUAUGAUUUUUUUUUCUAUCUUGUAUUGGAGAAAGAUGCAUAUGGGAUAUAUGAUAACUAUUCAUCAAUCUUUGAUACUCUUGUUUAAGAUAUUUCUGUGUCAGGUUUCCAAAAAAUCUGUUAUGUUUUUUUGAAGUCGAUUAUUUAUUUUCUUGUCGGUAAUACCUAUAUUGAGGUAGACUAAGAGAGAGGUCUUUGUGUGUAAUUAUAAUGCAAGUGCAUUCAAAAUAUGUUAAAAUGCAAACAUGGUAAAAUAAGGUUCAUUUUUACAACUUUGUUAAAAGAUUUUACCGAAAAUAAAACGCAAAAGAAUAUGUUACUGUACAA